GAAUGAAUCCCAUGCAUCUAACCCAAUAGGCUACUCCAAGGCCAAGGGACAGGCAGGCAGGCAUUUCUUGGCCUUGACUUGCCUACCUUCUCCUUCUUCUUCUCCUUCUUCUUCUUCUUCUCCUUCUUCUUCUUCUUCUCCUUCUUCUUCUUCUUCUCCUCCUUCUUCUUCUUCUUCUGGUCGCCUGGCUAGCUGCUGCCUUGGGAAAAACCCCUCAACUCGCCAGCACCAAACCCUACAAUAACCAGAGAUUCCCCCUCCCCCAACAUAUCCAACACAAUACCACGAUUUUUCCCUGCGCGUGUGGUCGCAGAUUCGGCUCAGAAGCGGCGCUGACGCAGCAUCAAACUGACACGCACCGAGCCACCGGAGGACGCGCUCCCGGCCGGCCGCCAUCCAGUAUGACCUCUUCCUCACCGAACGUCGGGACCUCGAGUGCCGCGACACAAACUAGGCAAACUCCUCAGCGCUUUCCGCGUAAUGCCAAUGCGUCAAAGAAUGCUUGGCUGUGGAAAGAUGUCCGCAACCCAGCCGAGUCCAUCUACACCAUCACCCAAACAACAAUCCUGCCUUCGGCCACAGGAGUCAGCAGCAGGGCCGGAUACCAGCUUCUUUGCAGCUACAACUGGCAGGAGGGGAAGCCGGCGAGAAUCAGGGUUCCGGGACACGCAGCCAUCUGGCAGGGCGUGACCCUCCCAAUGACGAUCUCGCCUGAUAAGGGGACUUACUUCAUCGACCAGAACACCUCGUUGAUGCCGCAGCACCCUUUCGAGCCCAUGUUCCGCGCGGCGGCCUCCAUGAACCAGGACAUGUCCUUCGACGACAUCGACAUCGUGACGAACCGCAACAGCCUCCGGAAGCUGCUCGACUUCUGCUCUCCACGGUCCCAGGAAAGCUUCCGUCUUCACCUUCACUUGGUUCGCAAUACCCUCAUCAUUGAGCGGUGCGAGGAGCUUACUGAAGGCUUCGCUGACGGAUCGUGCGGCUGGGGCAGAAACUUUGAGAAGGUGUCCACAGCGUUCCCCUCGAAUCUUACAGAGAGCCACGGACACCACCGCACGCUGCGAUACUCUCUCGGAGCCCUGAAAUGCGCGGUACAAUUCGAAGUCGACGCAAGCUUUGACCCGAACGAUGAGCCUGCAGCGUCGAAGGAGCUGGACGCGCUCGACCUCGCCAUGGAGAAGCUGUCUGUUCAGACCCCAGAGCCAGCGACGAAGAAUGGAGUCCGGGAUUUGCAGGUCGAGACGACGUAUGAAGAAGCAAGGGCGAUGUCUCAGUCGACCACGGCGGAAAUCAAGUCGGCUGCCAAGGUCCGCCCCCUCAGCUGGCGCAUGCCGCAGCUCUGGUUCGGCCGGACUCACUGGCUCAUCGUCGGCCACCACGCGGACGGCAAUUUUCACGACGUCAAGAUCACCGACGCGGCGGCCCACUUCGCCGACUGGGAGACAAAACAACAGACGGCGCUGAGGAAGCUGGCGACCGUGCUCGGCGAGCUGCGGACGGCGGUCCGGGGGAACGAGGGACGGCACAGCGCCGCGGUUUUCGAGCGAGGAUCGGGGUCCAUUCGGGUCUUUGACUUGACGAGCAACAGACAGGCGGUGCCGGAGGAUCUGAGGGAGAAGCUGUGGACCUGAGUGGGUACUAUGGCAUGGGUAUUUGGAGAUUCGUGGACUUUGGGGGGAAGAGACACGUUCUCUCACGCCGUCGGCAUCGUAACGUUUUUUGAGUUUUCUCUUUGUGGAGAACCUCCAUGUUCAACUCCAUAGCCUCUCAUCUUGGAGGCACAAAAUACCUAGUGAAAUUCAUCGUAC